CCUCAACACCAGGCCAACAUCUUCGGGUCAAGAUCAGUCCGUCUGCCCCACGCGAGCCGGCGAGGCUUGGUAACUGGCAACUUCACCAACCUCAAGAAAGGGGACUUGGAAACCAAAACGGCCGCUUUCAUCUCCCACCGAACCACUGACCAGAAAUUCGUUUGCUCUUAUUCCAACCUUGCCAAAAUGGGCCCGUCUAACAAGAAGCCAAGCAUGCAGGAGCUCUAUGCCAGCUCCGAGGAUUGGGACACUCACAGGGAGACCAUCACUCAGCUGUACCUGCAUGAGAAGCGAUCCUUGCAGGAGGUCAUGGAACACAUGGCAUUGAAUUACUUAUUCUUUGCGACGGUCAAAAUGUACAGAACCCGCAUUAGGAAAUGGGGGAUAGACAAAAACAACAAGGCCGCUGAGGUAGCCUACAUGGUCAGGCUCAAGAAGCAGCGCGACCUCCUGGGCAAGAAGUCAUGCUUCCUCCUUCGGAACCGUCCGGUCGAUUGGGAGGACAUCGAGCGCUAUCUCGCCCGCACGCCCGACUUCUGGGCCAAGCACGGCCGAGAAUCACUCGAUCUGAGCAACGAGAUUAUCUGCAAGACGCCGCCUCCACCAGGUUCCCCUCAAAUACCCAAGCCCGCGUGUGUUCCCCAGACCCUGAACGCGGCCCAAGAGCUGCGCGUGCACGAGGAGAUCCUCCGCUUCUUCCGCGACUAUACCGAAGGCGCGUUCGAGCAAGGUCUCUGGCACCUCGCCGGCUCCCCGUCUCACAAGCGCUACGUCGGCAGCCGCGGCGGCAUCGAGGCCCACGCCCGGCUCAACGCUUGGUACGACAGGGUGCGGAACGUGUCGGACUGGCCCGGCCGCGACGCAGACGCCGUCCGGCUCGUCAAUCAUCUGCUCGACGACCUCCCGCAGUUUAUUCGAGAGCAAGACUUUUCUGUCUUCCCUGCGCUGAUGCGCUGCUGUUUCUACCUGUCGGCGCGCAGGCCCGCGUUGGGUAAGGCGGUGGUGCAGUUUGUCUCGAGGCUGUGCGCCGUGAUACUGGGCGAGAAACACCCCAUGACUCUGGCUUGGGCGCGCAUCAGGUCGCUGGACAUGUCCGAGUACCUGCUCGUGUUGCAGGGUACUGCCAAGGUCCGGCUGGACCAUCUCGAGGCAAGGCACCACAACAACAAAGACACUGCCGCGCCGCUGGAGGAUGAGAAUACCAUCAAUGCCCUGAGGGAGUAUCUGCUGGUGCUCCGGCUGAGGGGCGCCGCGGCCGUGGAGGACGAGAUCGACCAUGUUACUUGCCGAAUAAAAGAGCAGGUACAAUUAUCGCGGCACCGCGGCAAGAAGGGGCUUACAACGGCCCAGUGCCGCCUGCUUCUGGGCACGGCAAGUUCCUACAUCACGUGUCGGCGGUUCGACGAAGCGGAGGAGCUGCUGAGCAGGGUCAGCGCCCACCUCCCGACGGAGUCAUCCUCCCCACACUCCACCGGUGCAAACCGCAUCUUACCGAGCUAUCUCUUCAUCAUGGGCUUUCUAAGGUAUGUCACGGGCAGGAUGGACGAGGCGGUGAAUUACUUCCUGCGGACGUACUGCGCGCUGGAGAAGGCGCGGGGUCCUCAUAGCUCGGCGGUGGCGGACAUCCUGCUUGCAUUGAUCGACUUUCCCGGGCUGUUGCAGAAGCCUGAGGAUCUCCAGCAUUGGCAAGGGAAGUUUGCGCAGGUGCAGGCCGAGAUGCUGGCCAACGCGACAAGGGGUGUUCGGCAGACGGCGUUGGAGGAUAGCGAGGUUGUGGAUGGACCGCUGGAUACGGACGUUAAUACCGGGGCAUGGUAAUGAUUUCUUGCUGUUGGCUGCUUCCAGUCGGCGUAUCUGUCGUGCUUUGGAGGACGAUAUUGUAGGCAAUUGCCAGGUUAAGAUAUAUACUGUGAUAUGUGGCCUCAGCUUUCCUCCAUUUCAUUCCCUGGGUUGUUUGCCUUGGUCGUGGUCAGGUUCCGCGAUCUAAUCAAUGUUACUACACUUAGCGGUACCCACACCUC